CGUCAAUAUUGACAAUUGGCGAUGUCCCCCCAGGGCCACCACAGUGACCUGACUUUUGAUGGACUUACAAAAGGACGUGUGAUGGACACGUCCCCAUAUAUCCCCACGUUGCAACUAUAGCACUGUCACGAGGUCAUCCUGACUGUAUUGCCUACGCCGACUAAAUCACAAUUUGCAUACCCAACUCUCAGCCAUCAGACCAGUUUGUGGACUAGGCCUAUGCUAUUUAACACAUUACACCACAAUGCGCCAUCACUUAUCCAAGUUUAAUUCAUUUAAAGACACGAACGGGAUCGAAAUUUUCAGAUGCUGUAUUUAUUCUUGGGUGAAACGUAUUGAGAGAAAAUGGCGACCGACAGCGACAGACAAAACCCAGCGGUCAUUAUAGACAACUAUCGGAAAGAGGCGCACAGCCACACAUCUGCUGAAGCUCUAUUGGAGUUUUACAACUCGUGGGCACAAACAUUCGAUCAGGUCGCUUUGGGUGGAGGUUAUAAAGCUCCUUUUACAUUUGCUGCUGUAGCAGAUGAGGUGAUUGAUGACAAAUCUUCCAGGGUUCUGGAUGCCGCCUCAGGAACAGGACUGAUUGGAAAAGAGUUGAAGAAACUCGGUUUCACGUGCAUUGACGCACUGGAUCCUUCACAGGAUUCCCUUGACAAGAGCAAGGAACAUCAGUCUUACAGCGAGUAUAUUUGCGACACGCUAGAUGAGCACCAGACGAAAAUUCCAGACAAUCACUACAAUGCAAUUGUGAUGGUUGGUGCGUUUGGUAUUGCUGGUCACGUGGACGAGUCCUGUUUUACAGAACUAAUUCGCCUUACAAAACCAGGUGGUUACAUCAUAUUUACUGUGAGCGAAAAGGUGCUUGAGCAGAUAGAGGAGAGGAUGGAAGUAGCCAUCGGUGCUCACAGCCAGCAGGGACGAUGGGAGAUUGUGGGAUAUCGCUGGAUCCAAUACUUCCUCAAUGAGAAGUUGGAUGAAAAGGCAAAAGUACCAAUUCUCAGAGUCCUGGCGAAGGAAUAGACUGUUCGUGGAAGAAAAGCGCACUAGUCCUUGCGUUAAUAAACCUAUCAUACAGGACAAGUUGCCAUAUAAAAACCUGCAGCUCGUAGUGGGUAAACGUUGGACUUCUGUCAGAGUUGGUCGUCACGUUGUGAUGCUUGUGCUUAGACCAAAAAAACAUACAUUGUUCCAAAAUGAAAAAGAAGAAACUAAUGGCACAGUACUACUACCUAAUGUUCUUGAAGAAUACAUCUAAACAGUUCUUUUUGUAGAUUUAGUGAUCCAACAGCUAUACUCUUGUACAUGGAAUACAAUGCUUGGAGUACCACGGCGACAUACAACAAAGAAGAUCACAUCUCAAGCUUUGAGGCAAAGAAAACUAAACAUAUCAGACCUGUAUAAAAUCCAAAGUUUGAACAGACAUGUAUCAUGAAAAUGUACAAGUAUGAGCCACAUCAGUUUGGAGGACGUUAAAUAUCUGCAAAAUGCACUAAAGCAGUAUCCCAGAGCCAGUGUCAUUAUCAAAUAAAAGUUAUCACCUGAAAGGAAAAUGGCAUGUUUGUUUGACUUCUGAAAAGUUCUUUCAUUCAGCAUUAAUGUCAUCCUUGAAGUGGAAUCAUCCUCUGUCAUCCAAUCUUGUAUAGUCUAAAACAUCCACAACCUGAUUAUUGUCAAUAAAUGCUUCCUUUUCUUGACUGCAAGAGAAUGAAACCUCUUGAUUUCUGAGAAAUUUUACAUCAUUUCAAUUCUCUUGCAAGUUGGUCACCUUGGCGACUAAGUAUUUGUGAUGUCACGAUCGUGCUGGACCUAUGAUGUGUCGUGAUGGUAAUGAGUGCAUAGUGUUGUGAUAGUA